UCCGAAAUAAGGGGUUCGGAUGAACUCCUUGGGCCCCUAGCUCCGCCCCAAGUCUGCUGGUUCUGAAAUUGUAUCGCUUCUUGGAAUCAAGAAUUUUUGCAUGUACAACUGCACUACUGGAUGGAGCCAAGAUUUUUCACUAAGGAUAUUUAUAAUAUAAACAAGUAGACAAACAAAAAAGCAAGGGAUUCAACAUCUACUAUCUAUUCCUAAAUAAAUUUUGACCAUAUAUAUACAAUUGCAUUUUCCGAUUAAAAGGGGUUCGGACGAACCUCCUUGUGCCUCCCUAUCUCCGGCCCUGUAGGGCGGUGGCAUAAAAUCUCAAGCACUAUACAAGGAUGAUGCAAUUGCAGAUAUGAGCAUGACUAGACCAUAUUUGCAAGAUUUAUGACUCUUUAGUCUUUCCAGCAGUCAGCUGUACCUAAAAUCCAAAAUUCCCAUUGACUUUCCAAAGUGCACCAGGAGUUUCUAUGAAAGCACCAAACGCCCUUUUUCAUCACAAGGACAAGGCAUACAACAGAAUGACCAAUUCAGUAUUUACAAGCAAAAGGGGUUAGACAAAUCAACAUUAUAGUUUUAAGACCAUUAUCAAGAAGCUUAUUACAUGGUUCAGAGUUAAGACUUAUCAAGAAUCUUACUUUUUUACUUCAAAUGACUUCCAAAAACCUAUUCUCCUUCCUCUUUCUACUUGUCCUUCCGUUUUCGAUUUUUUCUGAUUCAACAGGUUGGAUAAAAUCUGGUUUCUGGUAUACUGGCAGUGAGUUUCCAGUUCCUGAAAUUCCUUCCACUCUGUUCACACACCUUCACUUUGCCUUUGCAUAUAUCAACACUUCAAGUUUUGAGCUUUACAUAUCUCACUCUGAUGAACCGUAUAUAUCAACCUUCUCAAACACAGUGAAGCAAAAGAAUCCAUCAGCUAUCACACUUCUAUCCAUCUGGGGAGGAAAGGAUGAGUCCCCUGGCUUUUUCGCUAUGACUAGCGAAUUUUCUCGUAGGAAAUCGUUCAUCAGAACAUCGAUAAAAACUGCUCGACAAUAUGGAUUUCAAGGACUAGAUCUUGUUGGUGUCAACCCAAAUACGGCUGUCAACAUGACCAAUAUGAGAACAUUUAUUGAAGAGUGGCGGACAGCGCUUAAUUCUGAGUCCGAGAAUUCAUUGAUCUUGACUAUGGGAGCAUAUUACUCACCCAUGCUAGAUUCCAUGACCUAUCCAGUAGAUACAAUUGUCAAAAACUUUGAUUGGGUUCAUCUCAUAGCAUAUGACUAUUGCUUGCCUAUAAAAGAUAAUUUUACAGGAGCACAUGCAGCUUUAUAUGAUCCAGCUAGCAAGCGAAAUACAGACUAUGGUAUAAAAGAAUGGAUCAGGAGUGGAUUACCAGCCAAUAAAAUAGUUCUAGGUUUAGCAUACCAUGGCUAUGCAUGGACACUUGUGAAUCCAAAUCAUAACACGGUGGGUUCACCUGCAGGAGGUCUCGCAAUAACACCAGAUGGAUCGAUGAGCUAUAGAUUCAUCAAGUGGUAUAUGAAAAGUUAUGGAGCUACAGCCAUCUAUAACUCAACUUAUGUUGUGAACUAUGUGACUAUUCAAUCAUUUUGGAUUGGUUAUGAUGACGUCGAGGCUAUCAGAACUAAAGUUUCUUAUGCGAAGGAUAAGGGGCUUCUUGGUUUUGCCGCAUUCCAAAUUCCUAGCGAUGAUGUUGAUUGGGAGCUCUCAAAAGCAGCCUCGGAUGAAAAAGAAGAAGAAGACCAACACGGUAGCAAGAGAAGGUUACUGGCAAUUCUUCUGCCAACGAUCACUAUCACCAUUCUCCUAAUAAGUACAAUUUUGUGUAUCUUCAAAAAGAAAACUAUAAGAUCUGAAGGUAUCAGGGAAUUGAAUGAAAGAGCUAUAGGUCGUAAUAUGAAAGUUUUCAGCUUUGAUCAAAUAAAAGAAGCUACAGACAAUUUCUCCAUUAAAAACAAGAUUGGAGAGGGAGGCUUUGGACCUGUUUAUAAGGUAUUGGUAAUCCAACUAUUACUGUAUCCUUUUACAGGCGUUUUGAAUUACAUCUCUAAUGCGAGGCGAUCACAGAAUCUGAAGCAUAAAUAUAUCGGGAAUAGAGUAAUGGGGUGGCAGGCAUUCAGAAAUAACCAUAUUCAAUUAAGAAAACAAAGAAACUACAAAGUAACAAGUCCCUGGUUGUGCAUAACAUACCAUUUAGCUACCUUCAAUUGUUAUCACAGUAAAUUCAUUGGAAGAAAGAAAAAAAAACUUUUUUUUGUUUAACUUUUGUUUGUUUGUUUCCAAUGAAUUCCUACAGCUAGAAAAAGCAUAUAUGUCUGAAAGAGUUUCCUAUAAGUUGUGGUUUGUCUUUUGUGUACCUUACUGAGAUACUAGUAGUACCACAGCCUCUUGGGCUCUAGUGCUUCUACCAUUAAACAAACAUCAACCAAACUAGCACAUUUGCCAAAUCGGUCCGGAAAGUAACUUCUUCUGGUAACAACUUUCAAGAAUCCCAAACAUAAAACUCCGGGUUGAGACAAGUUAUAAUCUUUUUGCAUUCAUUGAGGAAAAUUGCAAGAAUCUUGUAGCUCACAACAAGUCAAGCUCAAGGCAAGUUACAAAUGGCUCUUUAUACGAUGAAGUGGAGUGUUAUGUCCGAUCUUCAUCUACGUUUAGUCAAACUAACCUGGCUGUUUUAGAUCAUUUCUCUUUGUUUCCAAUUUUUAUGCUCCAGUUCUUAGCCAAGUUGUAUGUGAAGGAAAAUACACAAUCUACUAGAACACAUAGUUCCCCCAAUAUUCUCCAAUAUUUGUUUCACUGGUCGACGGUGUAAUCAUAUAUUUAUAGAACACGAACUACACCGUAAAGUUUCACCAUGAACAA